AUGGAUAGGGUUGUCUACUCCCUCGUCAUCAUUAACAAGGCCGGUGGCCUGGUCUACCAACGAGACUUCCAAGCUGGUCUCCAGAAGCUCUCGACAAACGACUAUCUCGUCCUCGCAGGCACAUUUCAUGGCGUUCAUGCCAUUACCCGCUCUCUCACCCCUAUAAUCCCUUACUCUGCUCCCGCAACAUCCAACACUUCAGCAUCAACUCUACCCUUGACCUCUACGCUGCCCAAUCCAGGCCUUCCAAAGACAGGGCUGGAAGUUCUCGAGACCGAACGGUUCAGGUUAACCUGCUUUCAAACGGUGACGGGCACCAAAUUCUUGCUCUUUACCGAUCCGCUCAUGCCUAAUGUGGAUAAUGUGAUUGCGAGGAUAUACGAGUUGUAUGCGGACUAUGUUAUGAAGAAUCCGUUCUAUCAGCUGGAGAUGCCGGUGAGAUGCGAGUCUUUUGAUCGGCAUUUGGGGACGUGGCUGAGGGGGAGAUAG